GAAAGGGGGAGUGUGAGCUUCUUGGCCCCGCUGGCAGGUGUGAGCUUCUCAAAGCCCCAUAGUCCUCCACUUCCUGAGGAGGCAGCGGCAGAACAAAGCCAGCGGACUCCUCUGCUCUCGCGUCCCGGCCAUGGCUGCCGCAGCCUCGGCGUCCGGACACUGUCCUGGGGGGAAGGACAAGAUGGCGUGGAAGUUGCUGGUUUCCCUGGUCUUGCUGCAGGCACAGCUCCCGGUUACAGGGGCACAGAGCUUCGGCCUGCUGGACCCCAAACUGUGCUACCUGCUGGACGGAAUCCUCCUCAUCUAUGGUGUCAUUAUCACUGCCCUGUUCCUGAGAGCAAAGUUCCAGUUCUGCGGGAGAGCGGCUGCCCCCGAGGACCCGCGGGGCCCCAACCAGCUCUACAACGAGCUCAAUUUAAGAGGAAGAGAGGAGUAUGAGGUUUUGGACAAGAGACGAGGCCUGGACCCCGAGAUGGGAGGAAAACAGAGGAAGAGGAAUCCUCAGGAAGUCGUGUACAAUGCGCUGCAGAAAGACAAGAUGGCAGAGGCCUACAGUGAGAUUGGGAUAAAAGGCGAGAACCAGCGUCGGAGAGGGAAGGGGCACGAUGGCCUUUACCAGGGGCUCAGCACAGCCACCAAGGACACCUAUGAUGCCCUCCACAUGCAGAACCUGCCUCCUCGCUAACAGCAUCAACCACAAGCCAGACCCGUGGACACCCAGAUUGUUAAAGACACAGGAUAAAGCAUUUAUAACCCCAUUCACGCCCAGUUCACCUCCAAAGUAUUCCCUCUUAAGAAUUGGAUGCUUUGCAUUGUUAACAUUUGGACAUAACCAAAUC